AUGGCGAAUAAUAAGGUUAAAAAAUCAUUCAAGAAAUACGCCAGGAAACACUUAGCAGAUGUGAUUGAAACUCGACGCAAGACUUCUAAAGCCAGAAAGGAAAAGAAGGAAAGACUAGAACGAAAGAAGCAGCGCACAGAGAAGGAGGCUCGUCAUGAAGAGGAGGAGCAUGUCGAGCAGCUAGAACGUCUUAAGGAAACUGACCCAGAAUUCUACUCUUACCUGGAGGAAGAGGACCCUACUCUCCUCCAGUUCGGAAAUGAUGACGUGGAACUGGUAAAUGAAGAUGAAGGCAGCGACACAGAAACGGAGGCAGACGAAGAAGAUAUAGAGGGUGAUCGUGGGCUAGGAGACAAGGAUGAUGAGGGGGCGUCGCAGCAGGACUUUUCUGGUGAUGACGGUCGCAACGGGGAGGGUGAGGCAAGGAGCACGACUCGCAUCACCCUGUCGGAGCUAGACCAAUUGAUGGCUGGUAAUAAAAUUGAACAAUGCAUCGACGUAUUUGUGUCUGCCGUUCGUGAAUUGGGCUACAAAAUAAAGGAGAACCCGCGUUCUAGCUCUACCCGAAAGUUCGAGGACCCUUCUUUAGUAAAGCAGUCCAUGUUGUUGGUGGUAAACCACGUUUGUAAAAACAUUAAUACAUUGAUUACUGGAAAAGGCGCGUUCCGCUCACAUAAGACGCGCUACCUCUUCAAGCGUCUGCUUCGUGCUCUUACAGCAGUUAUGAACGAGGAUAACGUAGACACACAGCUAAUCGUGGGUCUGCUGCAUGCGCUCACUACUUUUGUGCCCUUGCUUCACUACGUGAAGGGCAUCACCAAGUCGGUUCUUAAGUUUUCACUUUCUCUUUGCACGGUUCCGGAGGAAUCCGUGCGUAUUGCAGCCUAUAUGGUCAUACGCGCGAUCGCCACACGCGCGACAGGUACUCGUUCCAUGUAUCAGUCAACGGCCUUCAAAGGUAUUUUUUUGGCACUCGUGAAGACAGGGCAUCGAUACAACGCCCAUAAUCAAGCCAUCAUCGCCUUUUUAAUAAACUGCACCGUCGAUCUCUACGGAACCGACAUGGAGGCGGCCUAUCAACAUGCCUUCGUGUACUUGCGUCAACUGGCGGUCUAUCUGAGGGCUGCAUUGCAACAACAGAGUCAAAGCAACGUGCGGGCGGUCGUUAAUUGGCAAUACCUGCUAGCGCUUCGCACAUGGGGUUUGGUGGUGUCGACAUAUUCGGAGCCGUCUCAGUUAGGGCCUCUUAUUCAUCCGGUAGUUCAGAUUGCCAUCGGCCUCAUGGACCUCUUCUCUUCUCCCCGCAUGUUUCCAAUGCAUUUGCAGAUUAUUGAGGUCCUAAACCAUAUUUCCAUUCGAGCGAAUGCCACCUACAUACCAGUAGCGCCCUACCUUCUACGGAUACUUACUUCAUCCAGCGUAGCCCUAUCCAACUCACCAAAUGCGGCUGCCAGCACAGAGCCGGUCGAGCUGCAGUACACAAUACGGGUAAAGAAGUCUCAAGCUCGCAGCAAUGUAUACCACCGGGCGGUUUGGACUGAGGUCCUUUACCUUCUCACGGAGCACUUGGCUACUCACAGUCACACCAUCGGGUUUUCCGAAACGUUCUGGGCUUUGGGAAGUACGCUGCGGAAGCUUCUUCCUGAGGUGAAGGUCCCCAAGAUUCACUCUCAAAUUAGCGCAUUACUACGCCACAUACAGAGCACUUCACAGAAGAUUACAUCAAAGCGUGACGCAGUUACUUUUGGUCCAUGUGAUUUGUCAUCUGUAAAGCAGUUUGAGGAUGAGCUCAAGAGCCAAAGUAGCCCCCUUGACACAUAUUACCGGUCUUUGCGACAGCAGCGUGUUGAAUUGUUUGCACAAAAGCAGAAAAGUUUGUCCGAAGAGCAACGCGUGACCUUGGAGUCCGUUGCGGAUUCUCGCAGCAAAAAACCGAAGGCUGCCAAGCGCCCACGCAGUGCCGCUUAG